UUCAAUAGUUAGUAGUUGCAUCAUACUCUUAUAUUUUCAUUCAAAAUAGGGAAUAUUCAGGUUUGCAGCCGAGUGAAUUAUGAAUCAUUUAAUAAAGGACAGGAGUUUUCUUUCAGUGUGACGAAACGUCACAACAAAAAACAACGUGUGUGCGAUUUCGGUCAGGGAGCUACUACAUGCGCGUGCGGUGCGAAAAAAAAAAUUCGUAAGAAAUUGAAAUUCUGAGUGCGGUUUUUGGAUUCCGUGCCCGUACAGAAGCGGACAAACGAUGGCCGGACUGGAACUGAUUGUCGGCACUUACGAGGAGUACACCUUGGGCCUCAAAGUGGAACCUCUGAAAACGGACCCCAAACGUCUCUAUCUGAAGGAAAUCUUCUCUACCCACAAUCACACGGCCUCGGUGCGGGUACUGGCCACCCACGGCCGAUUUCUGGCAUCCGGCGGAUCGGACGAUCGCAUCUGCAUCUUCGAUCUGGAAACGGGACUGCUCAAGGAUGAAAUGCUGCACCACAACGGAACCGUCAACUGCUUGGCUUUCUCCCCGAAGGGAGAUUAUCUGUUCAGCGGAAGCUUUGACGGGAAACUGUCGGCCAUCAAUACUAAGAAGUUGGCUAUUGACAAGAAUUGGUUGAACGCUCACAAGGGAUCGGUGCUCAGUGUCGACAUCCAUCCCAAGGGCAAACUGGCCAUUACUCUCGGUUCGGACAAGGUCGUCAAGACGUGGGAUCUGGUAACGGGAAGGACCAUCAGCGCACGAGGUCUUGGUAACACUCCAAAGUACCAUAUGCUGUCGCUCGUCAAGUGGAGCCCGGAUGGAAACAGUUUCGUCCUGAUGGACGAUCGAAUGGUCGAUGUCAUUUCCAUGGUGGACCCCAAUUCCUCCCGCACGGUUAAAUGUCCCAGCAAACCGAUUUGCCUCUGCUGGAUUUCCGACACGGAACUGGCUGUCGGAUUGGAUGAUGGCCAUCUGAUGAUGUUCAGCGUGGACGACGAUCACGAGCCGGAGAAAAUCCCCAUCUACGAGUCACGGGUCAAAGCAAUGGCAUACCUCGGAGAUCAUCUGGCCACGGUUUCCAGCGCAGGAGACGUUAGUUUGUGGAAAAUUGACGACAAGGAUUUCAGGGAAGUGUGCACAACCAACAUUGGGUGCAGACCGACCUGUAUGGUGGUUACGGAGGCCGAUAAGCUAGGACUGCACAAGUACCUUCAACAGCCGGAGGACAACAAGGACGAACUACGCCAAAAGCUGAAGAAGAUUCAAACCAUCGGUAAGGUCACAAUCGAAACGGAAGACCCCGUCGCGGAGGCAGCAAGCGAGCAGCAAAGUUCUAAGAAGUCCAAGAAAAACAAGCGAGCGUUCACGAAAGAGGCGGACAACAGCAGCUCGUUCCUAUCGAAGAAGCAGAAGAAGGCCCACCAGAGCGGAGAUGUUCCACAAUCGACACCGAAGCAAAGCAAGUCGCCGUUUCAGAAGCAGAAGAAAAGGCAGCCAUCGAAUACGAGCGGAGUUUGGACCGAAGAGGAUGUAACAGUGGAAGACAUACCCAAGAAGAAGCAGAAGAACAAGCAGGGAUUGAAUCAAACCAUCAGCGAGGGAGGUCGAGCGUUUGGGAAGAAGGAUAAGAAAAACCGACGAAUUUCGGUUUAGAUGAUUUUUUUACAGUGUACAAUUACCGCGUGAGGAAAAAAAUGUUGCGUUUAAAAUGAGUAAAAUGUUGACUUCAAA